AGUCUGCUGCCCCGGCGACCCGGUCAAGAUAAAGCGGAAGACGACGAGUACGAGUACAAGAAAACAAAAAAGUCUCAGGUUGUGCCAAAAGUCAAAAAGUGGACAGUGAAAGGGGCACAUCUGAUAUUGAAAAGGGAGAUCAUUCCAUAACGUGGGAGCAACACUGAAGGGUCUGUCCCUUCUGAGCUUCCUUUGAGUCCUUGGCAUCUCCAGGAGCAGCUGAUCAGCUGACCUGAGGCACUAAGCAGGAGAAUAUGGUGAAGCAGCUCAGUGAGGUAAGACGGGGCAAGAGCAUGUAAGCUUUUACAAAUAAAAAAGAGAAUCUAAAAAUGAACAAUAAAAUGUAAAGGCGGUCAGAAACAGAUGCACAGUUUCAUAUGAAGAACAGUCUUCAGCAUUCUUAGAACCUGUAACACUAUUUACCUAAUAUACAAAUGUUGCAUCAUUCUUUUUCAAUUCUUUCGUCUACAAAAAUGUAUCUGUUUGUAAAGACAUUUCUGGUAAAAAACAAAACAAUUCAUAGGUAGAAAAUGUGACCGACUGAACAAAACGGAGCUCUAAAAGUUUUAUUUUGAAAGUCUGAACCGGAACGUCCUUUGUUGCUUUUCCUAGUCUUGCCGAUGGACCCACCAGCUCAGAUGCCGAUCGGCAAUUGGCAGGUCAGCCGAGCCCGGACGCUCUCAACGCGGGGAUGAAUCAUUCCUCUCCGGGCCGUAUUGCGCAGGACGUCUGCCAACAGUUUGUCACUUUUUAAAGAGAAACAUGCCUCAUUAGCUUAAGCUGGUUUAGUGACAGCCUGAAGUUUGUGGAGUGAGGUGUUCUGGUGCGGGACGAGGCCAGUCCAGUGCUGGACGUGUUCAUGUCUGGACCUCAGCUUCAGUUUUAGCUGGCGGCAGCAUCGCGAGUCAAGGCUGAACGUACAGGAUGAAACCGGGGAGAGAGGAGCGCGGAUCGGGCAUCACGUUCAGGUUUGUGCCGGCGGCGUGAUUCAGAAAUCUCCAACAUGGAGGAGAAGUUCAGCAGACUCAUUUUCAUCCCCAUUGCUGCGGUCAUUUUCCUAAUGAUCGGGUACCAGUAUGUGUGCCCGGCUGACAGCAACACCUGCAACUUCGGAGGCCACGAGAAGGGGCUCGUCCAGCAGCGUUUGCCGGCGUUUGACUCGCUUUACUCGGAGCCGGAGCCAGACGAGGACUUCCCGGCCAAAAUCACAUCCAAGUUUAACUUCACGGAGCGGGACCUGGACAGGCACGUCGACUUCAACAUCCGAGGCGAUGAUGUGAUGGUGUUUCUGCAUAUCCAGAAGACCGGCGGGACGACUUUCGGUAGGCACCUGGUGAAAAACAUCCAGCUGGAGCAGCCGUGCGACUGCAUGUCCGGCCAGAGGAAGUGCACCUGCCACCGGCCGGGCAAAGCCGAGUCGUGGCUCUUCUCCCGGUUCUCCACGGGCUGGAGCUGCGGCUUGCACGCCGACUGGACGGAACUGACGAGCUGUGUGCCGGUGGUGAUGAAUAAGAAGGACAAGAAGAAUGCCCAAAAGAGCAAAAAGAACUUCUACUACAUCACUAUGCUACGUGACCCUGUGUCACGCUACCUCAGUGAGUGGAAGCAUGUGCAGCGUGGGGCUACAUGGAAAACUGCCCUCCACGUGUGUGACGGCCGCCCCCCUACUCAGGACGAGCUUCCGGCCUGCUACAGCGGGGAAGACUGGACAGAUGUGCCGCUCACGGACUUCAUGAACUGUCCCUCGAACCUGGCCAAUAACCGUCAGGUGCGCAUGCUGGCCGACCUAAGCUUGGUGGGCUGCUACAACAUGUCCUCCAUGAGUGAGCUGGAGCGAGGCCGCGUGCUGCUCGCCAGUGCUAAGGCCAACCUGCGCAACAUGGCCUUCUUCGGCCUGACGGAGUUCCAGCGUAAGACCCAGUACCUGUUCGAGAGGACUUUUGAGCUGCACUUCAUCCGGGCCUUCACCCAGAUCAACAGCACGCGUGCCGCCAGUGUGGGGAUCAGUGAAAAGGUGCGGUGGCGCAUCGAGGGGCUCAACGCCUUGGAUAUGGAGCUGUAUGAGUACGCCAAAGAGCUGUUCCUACGCCGUUACCAGUAUAACCGGCAGAGACAGCACCAGGAGGAGCGGCUGAGGCGGCGUCAGGAAAGGCAGAAAAGGCAGCGGCUGCACAGGAACUAUCUGGCUGAGCUGCUGAGACUGGGAGGCGGAGAAAAGGAGGAAGAGGAAGAAGAGGAGGAGGUGAAAGUGAUAGAAGAGGUAGUCACCACCGAGGAUUACAGUAGCCAGGUGGUGCGAUGGUGAGGAGGCAGAACAUGACAGUACGGACUGACUGCAGGUGAAUUUAUUCAUUUCCUGUGACUCAGCCGGGACCUCUCACGCUCGCAGGCUCUUAGCGCAAUGUCAGACUCCCGAAAGAUGUCUUAAUAUUUACAAUCGAUGUAUUUGCUAUGGCAACAUGAACAUUUUGUAUUCAUACUUUUUUUUCUUAUGGCUAUAAUUUGGCACUGCGAUUGUGGAAAAUGUGUCUAUUUAUUCAUUUGCAAGUGCUUUGAAUGUUCUCAAGGCGGUGAAAAUGUUCUUUAAGUUCCACAAAAUAGAAGAAAAAUACAGGAUAUGAUAAAAUAUGUAUAUUAUAAAAAAGCCUAUUUAUUUCCUAAAUGAUGACUGGGUCCUUGAUGUCCUGUUUAUUAUCUAGCUCUAUGUUGAAAUCUUGUGACUCUGUGGUGUUUGGCUUUAUAAGAGUAUCAAAGCACAACUUUGGCAAACUCCAGUGUGUUAUUCUUCUGACUGCACUGACAAAACAAAAUGUUACAAUUUAACCAAUAAAAUUGGUGUAACAAUUUGAAUACA